GCGUCCCGGUGGCCAAUAUCUUCCCGAUGCAACCGCCGGCGUCGGGUGAACCCAACACUUUGGUGUGUACCAUCUCCCCGCCGGCGGUGGCCAUCAGUUGGCAGCUGGAUGGGGACCCCAUCACCCAAGGGGUCACCCACACCCACUACACCCCCACCUCCGACCUGGCCUUCGUCCGCUUCUCCUACCUCCCGGUGACACCCACCACCAGUGACAUCUACACCUGCAUCGUCACCCGUGAAGGGGACAACACCUCCGUCAUCGCCUACUGGGUGCUCCAAAACCCCGAACCCUCCGAGGUGCUGGAGACGGCGCUGUGCGGCGCCGCCAUGACGCUGGGCAUCCUCCUGGGGCUGCUCGGCAUCGCCAUGAUCCUGGUGGCACGUCGCAACGCUGAGG